UGAGAGCCGCUGACGCUCACGAAGAUGACUGUGAACGAUAUCUCAACACUUCAGCGUUUUCAAGUGAUCCAGCGGACGACUCGACGAUCCAAUCCACUUUCAAAUGCCAUGCAUGUGAGGACCAGUCUGGUUAAUAAUGCGGACCAAAACGGAGCGAAUCCCUCGCAAAAUGACGAAUUUGAGGAGAUUCUCAGAGGACCUGUGACUUGGCGAUUCUUGAGAGAUCAACAGAAUUUGAAUGGAGUAGUGGUGUCCGACGACUCUCAGCCCGUGUUUACUUGUGGCAAGGAACACCUUUGGAUCAAGUUUUCCACGACGCGGCAUUCAAAUCCACGCUUGAUUAUCAAGACUGAAUGGGCAGAUUCACACACACAAAAGCAGUGCCGAUGCAUCAGAAGGAAUCAUGGGCCAUCAAUGCUGCUGAGGAUCUACUUCAAAGACUGCUAUGCUUCAAAUUGGACUCGAGACAGAAGGAUGUACUACUCUGUAGGAGUACUUUACUUUGAUCACCUUCAAAUGAAGAGUUUCUCUGGCAUUGCCACCUGUCAUGCUGCCAUCCUGCCACAUGAUGCACCUUCUACAGAAGAAUCACCUGAAGUUAUCUGUGGAAAGCCAUUUGUGAUUGUAAAAUUACCAGUCAAGAGGAUUAAAAGUGUUAAAGUUUUGGGUAUGUCCAGGCAAUUGCCUCGUGCAGUCCUUUGGAAAAGUCACCAUACUGUGUUAGUCAAAUUGAAACGCUCCGCAGUUGAGGUAAGACCUGUACAAUGUAUAAUCAAGUUUUGCUGCCAUGUUUUUGUUGUCUCUUAA